UCUAGUCACGUGGUUUGCAGAAAUCUGGAAGGGAGCGUGUUCGUUCGUUAUUUACUGGUCUGGUAUUCUUUGGUUUGUCUCGCGAAUUGUUUCCCCUAUAAAGUAAUUAAAAGUAAUAUGACAGAAACUAAAGCACCGGCGGCUAGUAAGCCGGCUAAAGCCCUGCUAGCUUUGAACCCGAAAGAGGAUGCUGAAUUCAAGAAGAAAGUCCAGGAGGCGAAGAAACGACCCAACAAGGGAUACAAAAUAAAUCCAGGAGUGAUUUAUGUUGGUCAUCUCCCGAUUGGUUUGUUCGAGCCUCAUCUCAAAUCCUACUUCGAGCAGUUUGGAAAAGUCGUCAGGUUACGAUUGGCCCGGAGUAAAAAGACAGGUCGAAGCAAAGGCUAUGCAUAUGUGGAGUUUGACUGUGAUGACGUUGCCAAGAUUGUCGCUGAGACAAUGAACAACUACCUGAUGGGGGAGCGAUUAAUAAAAUGUAAUGUGGUCCCUCCUGAGAAGGUGCAUGAGAAGCUUUUUGCUGGGUCCCAGAGGGAGUUUAAGAAGCCCAAGCACCCUGCUGUGUCUCGCUACAACAAGAAACGCACACCUGAAGAGGUCAAGACGAUGACUGGACGACUCCUACGUAAAGAGUCCAAGCUGAGGAAAAGGCUGGCAGAGAAGGGAAUUGACUAUGACUUCCCUGGAUUUGCUUCCCAAGUGCCACAGAAGAGAAAGUUAGAUGACACUGUGAACGCAUCUACGUGUAGUGAGGACAUCACCCCAGUGUGCACCCCCUCGGUCCUGGAGAGGAGGAAGUCCAUGAAAACUAACGAUGACGACAGCGAUAGUGAAAUCAUCAUCAAGAAUACACCGGCCCCUAAGAAGUUCAAAGGCAAACGUGAAGGUGUGGAGUCUGACGAUGAGGAACUCUCCACUGAAGAAGAGGAGACUGAGGAGUCCUCCUUCCUGGCAGGGGAUGAAGACUCCUCAGAAGGGGACAUAACACCAGUUGUAUAGGAAGGAGUCAGUUAAAGAAUGCUAAAGGACAAUUACUGGCUAUAAUUGCCUUGCAUGUAUGGCAGAGACAUUUGUUAAUGGUGGUUGGUUAGUCUUCAAUUGCCCAAAGCAGAAUGGCUACCGAGCUGAUGACUGUUGACAGGUUGACAUUAAAACCUUUGAACCAAUACCAUCUUCUUAAUGUCCCUCAUCUUAACUAAGAUAAAUUAGUUAAUAUUUACUAGGGUCCUGAAUAAGAUGGCUCUGAAUUUAGACACUUGUACAUUGUAGCAAACUGAGAAAAUAUCCUUAAUAUUUUGAUGUCACUUUGUACAUUGUGUUGACUCUCGAGCCGUACCAAUAGAAGAUAAUGUUUUAAAUGUUUUUGCUAAUGCAAUGUGGACUUACAAUGGCAUUUGAUAACAUUUAUUUGCCAUUUUGGCAGUCACUCGUGCAGUAGUGAGUGCAGACAUGUUUUUCCUACUUUGUUUGUUUUGGGUUGUCGAAACAAAUUAAUUUGUCUAUAAUAAAUAUUCACUUCACUGUUGA